AUGAGAGGACUUUAUGCUGUGAAGAUAGUGAAAGUAGUGGUCCCAGAGAUAAUACAGUACGGAGUGCAGGACGCUGUGAUAUUAGACUGUGAUUACACUUACGGGAACAAUACCUCAGGGUUAGUAGUGAAAUGGUUCUUCAAGAACAAAGCGCGACCCGUGUACCAAUGGAUCGUGACACAGAAACCCCAGGAUAUGGGCAUAUUGAGAGGCCGCGUCGACCUGACGUAUAGAGCUUCAAACGACCCAUUAAAAAUGCAUAGGGCACUGCGUAUAGUGAAACCGAACACGGACAUUUCGGGUGAUUAUACGUGUGUCGUGUCGACAUUUAUGGAGGAAGAUUCGAGGACGAAACAAAUGAUUGUUUUCGUGCCGGAGACGAACUUCCGGCUGAUCCAGAACAAGACUGACGAUGACACGGUGAAUGUCAUCUGCGCGGCGGACGGUGCCUUCCCCGCGCCAAACCUCACACUCGCCACGCCGGAAAGGCGGCUGGAUGGCGUGUCACAUAACCUGAAGCUGGUGAACGGCAGGUAUUCAGCUGUCGCUUCAGUCACGCUGCAAGACGCCGAUCUGCCUUCGCCGGCCGAAUUUAUCUGCACUUUGCGGAUACCGCUCGCAAAGUACGCGGUGCGCAAAGAGGCUAUAUACUAUCCUGGACCCAUGAGUACAACUCCAGAAAUGCCAACGGCAGCAGACAUGCAGCUUGCAGCAGCCGUAGGAUCUAAAGGAACAAGUUUUUACACUGCACUGUCAACGGUCCUGCUGCCCACUUUAGCUCAAUUAUUAUUGGUAUUAUAAUCAUCGAUGGAAAUAAUAAUAUUAAAGAUAUUCAACCCGCAAGAAACAAUUUGUAAUAAUGUGCGUCUAAGUGAUUUAUAGGUCUCUAGUCAUAUAAUUGUCCAAAGUUACACCAAAAGCGUGCGUACUCGGAGAGUGUUCA